AGUACGUCGGACGUUGUCGUACACAGUAUUUUUCCGGCAAUUUAUUUUUUAUUUUUUUGUGGAAAGAUGAACAAUAUGGAGAGGAAUUCUCUCGUUUUAGGUGCAGCCGUAAAAAACUGCAGUCAUGCAACCUCCGACAACAGCUAGUUAUACCGCUCAGUGGUUUGAUAGCACUAUGCUGAGACCCGGGGCAGCCUUCCCACCAUGCUGGAACUGGGCUCCUGUUCGGUCAGCUCUCAGUCUCUGACGGGGGACCACAAUGCCUCGGGGCUACAGAGAGCUCCGUCGGGGCCGGAGGGCUCAGGAGGCGGUUUGUGCAAGGGGGCGAUGUCCGGAAGCAGCACCCCGAGGCACCACGCCCUCCGCUCGUCCCCAAUGGACAGCGAGGACUGGCGGGAGCACCGCCCGGGACCUGCCGGUGGGUCCGGCCUGUUGUCCGAGUCCCGCGCCUUCCAGGAGCCCCGAAGUCUCUCCGCCAGCCACGACGCCCUCUACCUCCCGCACGUGUCCGGCCACGCCCCGCCUCCGCAUCCGAGCCGGCUCGGCCUCUGCCUGGACGUGGCCUCUACGUUUGAGGUCGGAGCCGGACUGUUAGGGGCGGAUGGAGAUUUGGCGGUCAGCCCCAACGUGAUGAAGAGGCGUCGGGGCGGCCUGAUCGAGCAGAAGGACAUCGUCAAAGCCCACCAGGCCCAUAAGAUUCACAGCACGCCACAGGCUCGACGCAAGGAGUGGGAAAUGGCCCGGUUCGGAGACGACGUGCCGGGCUUGUUGAGCUCAGGUGAUGGAGGGUCCGAGCGCAACCGCAACCGCGAUGGGGCGGCCGUGUCCACAGGUGGCAUCUCCCCCGCCUUCAAGCAGACCAAAGCGCAGCGUGCCCGCACCAUGGCCUUGUACAACCCCAUCCCGGUCAGGGAGAACUGCUUCACCGUCAACAGGUCCCUCUUCAUCUUCGGCGAGGACAACGUGGUCAGGAAGUACGCCAAGAAAGUCAUUGAGUGGCCUCCGUUUGAGUACCUGAUCCUCACAACCAUCAUCGCCAACUGUAUCGUCUUGGCUCUGGAGCAGCAUCUUCCCGGAGAGGACAAGACCCCGAUGUCAAAGAGGCUGGAGAAGACGGAGCCCUACUUCAUCGGGAUGUUCUGCCUGGAGGCUGGGAUCAAGAUCAUCGCCCUGGGCUUCGUGUUCCAUAAAGGCUCCUACCUCAGGAACGGAUGGAACGUCAUGGACUUCAUCGUGGUCCUCAGUGGGAUCCUGGCUGCAGCGGGCGCACACCUGAACAUCUCAGUGGACCUGAGGACUCUGAGGGCCGUGCGAGUGCUGCGUCCCCUCAAACUGGUGUCAGGCAUCCCGAGUCUGCAGAUAGUCCUGAAGUCCAUAAUGAAGGCCAUGGUUCCUCUGCUGCAGAUCGGCCUGCUGCUCUUUUUUGCAAUCCUCAUGUUCGCCAUCAUCGGCCUGGAAUUUUACAGCGGCAGACUGCACUACACCUGCAUGCCGCAGCCUGGGAUCCUGGAAAACGAAACGGUGGACUCCUCUGAGUACGAGGUGCCGUGUGGCGACCGCCAGUGUCCGACCAAAUACACCUGCAACGACACGUGGAUCGGCCCGAAUGACGGCAUCACUCAGUUUGACAACAUCCUGUUUGCUGUUCUCACCGUUUUUCAAUGCAUCACCAUGGAGGGAUGGACCACUGUCCUCUACAAUACUGACGAUGCCUUGGGCCCCAGAUACAACUGGCUCUACUUCAUCCCUCUCAUCAUCAUCGGCUCUUUCUUUGUCCUGAAUCUUGUGCUGGGAGUCCUCUCUGGGGAAUUUGCAAAGGAGAGGGAGAGGGUGGAAAAUCGCAGGGCUUUCAUGAAACUGAGGCGCCAACAGCAGAUCGAGAGAGAGCUCAACGGCUACCGGGCCUGGAUCGACAGAGCAGAGGAAGUGAUGCUCGCCGAGGAGAACACGAAUGCGGGGACUUCCGCCCUCGAUGCUCUCAGGAGCCUCCCAGAGUGGAGUACAGGUGGCGCCUACGUGUUGAAGAGAGCCACCACCAUCAAGAGGCGAGGGAUGGAUGCGGUGCAUCGAGGGCAACCGGGCGAGGAGCCAUAUGGCGACUUCUCCUCAGUGGGGGUCCCCAGAGCGCGGAGCGCCAAGCGAGGGCCGACGGCGUUUUUCCGCCGCAAGGAGCGUCUCCUCCGCAUCUCCAUCCGCCGCGUGGUGAAGACGCACACUUUCUACUGGACAGUGCUGGGCCUGGUGGCUCUCAACACGCUGUGCGUGGCCAUUGUUCACCACAACCAGCCUCUCUGGCUGUCCACCUUCCUCUACUAUGCAGAGUUCCUGUUCCUCGCUCUGUUCCUGACUGAGAUGUUCCUGAAGAUGUACAGCUUGGGACCUCGUCUGUACUUCCAUUCCUCCUUUAACUGCUUUGACUGCAGCGUGAUUGUCGGCAGCAUCUUUGAAGUGCUUUGGGGUUUCUUCAGGCCCGGCACUUCCUUCGGCAUCAGUGUCCUGCGUGCACUCCGUCUGCUAAGGAUCUUCAAGAUCACCAAGUAUUGGGCGUCUCUGAGAAACUUGGUGGUGUCUCUGAUGAACUCCAUGAAGUCCAUCAUCUCCCUCAUCUUCCUCCUCUUCCUGUUCAUCCUUGUUUUUGCGCUCCUCGGCAUGCAGCUCUUUGGUGGCAGGUUCAUCUUUGAGGACUACACCCCAACUAACUUUGACACCUUUCCUGCAGCCAUCAUGACCGUCUUUCAGAUCCUGACCGGAGAGGACUGGAACGAGGUGAUGUACAAUGGUAUUCGCUCUCAAGGAGGAGUGAAGUCUGGCAUGUGGUCCUCUAUCUACUUCAUAGUGCUCACGCUGUUUGGCAACUACACACUGCUGAAUGUCUUCUUGGCCAUCGCUGUGGACAACCUCGCCAAUGCACAAGAACUUACCAAGGAUGAAGAGGAAGCAGAGGCAGCGUUCAACCAAAAGCACGCUCUCCAGAAGGCGAAGGAGGUCGGGCCGUUGUCCUCCUUCAUGUCUUCAGAGGGAAGCCGGAGGAGGCGGCCCUACCUGUACAGAAAGAGAGCCAUCCACCGCAGCCGGCCCACCUACUCCGGCUCCCUGAGGGAGGCCCAGGGCAGCGUCAGGGAGGGCCGCCCACCCCCACCGCUCAACCCCUGUAACUCUUUCAUGUCCAGGAGAGAGAGAAGACAAAGGAUGACCAUGUCUGUGUGGGAGCAGAGGACCAGUCAGCUGCGGAGGCACCGCCAGAUGUCCAGCCGCGAGGUUCUGUUCACUGGCCCCGGCGAGGAGAAGGACGGGCCGCCUCUCUCGGCCCAGACGCCACAUGGGAAUCCCCCGCCGCCGCCGCCGCCGCAACGCAAGGCCGGGAGUCUGAAGCAACUGACAGACCCCCCGGGCUCUCCGUCCCAGCACCGGGCCUCGGGCCCCUCCGUGCUGGUGGAUGCUCCCCUGGAGGCCGACCGCUCCGCCGACGAGCCCCAACGCCAGGCGGAACGGGCCCCGGGGUCACCGGGUGCGCCCGACGCGCCCCUGGCCGACGUUUCUAUCCCUGCGGCCGUGCCAGGUCCUCCGGGGUCCGAGCCCCCCAGCGAGAGCGGAGCGCUGCUCGGCCAGGGUCCCGGCGACGACAACGCGGACGCCGGCGGCGGCGUGCGUCCGAGCCCCAGGCUGAACUGCGAGCGCCAGCACCGGGCGGUGAAGAAGUUCAGGCCGCCGGACAACUUUGACGCGCUGGCUCCCGGGACGGGCGGUCGCGGUGGGAUUCGGGGGAGGAGGGCGCCGCAUCGCUGCGACCGUCAGAACGGGACCCGCGGUCAGGGGUCCUCGCCGGGGAACGGGAGCCGCUCGGUCAGCAGAGAGAGGAGGAGGACACCGGGGGAAAUGGAGGAGAAGGAGGCCAAGGCUGAAGGGGAGGAAGAGCGGUCCAAGCCUGACGAGAGCGGGCCGAGUGACGUGAGCGAGAGAGGCCCGGGCAACCAGGAGCGCGCCGCCGACCAGGGCCCUCAGACGCAGGGAGAUGGUCCUCAGCCGUCAGACCCGUCUCCUCCCGUCGUCCCAGACGCCACCAAAGACCAGAAUGAGACGGACCGGGACCAAGACAAACCUCAGCUCGGCUCCAGUGUGGUCAUCGACGUGCCCAACGCUCAGUCAUCUCUGGAGCUCUCUACGAUUACAGUCAUCAGUAAGGACUCAGAAACCUGUAAAUCGGAGGGCGAGGAGGCGGAUGACACAAAGCCUGCUAACAACGUGACUCCAGACAGCAUGUUCCUCUUCAAACCUGACAACCUGGUGCGUCGAGCGUGUCACUACGUGGUGAACCUCAGGUACUUUGAAAUGUCCAUCCUGCUGGUCAUAGCGGCUAGUAGUAUAGCACUGGCUGCUGAGGACCCUGUAGCCACCUCCUCUGACUGGAACAAGGUUCUGCGGUAUUUUGAUUACGUGUUCACCGGAGUCUUCACGUUUGAAAUGAUUAUAAAGAUGAUCGACCAGGGUCUGAUCCUCCAUGACGGCUCCUACUUCAGAGACCUGUGGAACAUCCUGGACUUCAUCGUGGUGGUGGGAGCCUUGGUGGCCUUCGCCCUCUCAAGCAACAAAGGGCGGGACAUUAAGACCAUCAAAUCUCUGAGAGUGUUGCGUGUCCUCAGACCACUGAAAACCAUCAAGAGACUUCCUAAACUCAAGGCGGUGUUCGACUGUGUGGUGACGUCCCUGAAAAACGUCUUCAACAUCCUCAUCGUCUACAAGCUGUUUAUGUUCAUUUUUGCCGUCAUCGCUGUGCAGCUCUUCAAAGGGAAGUUUUUCUACUGCACCGACAGUUCGAAGGACACGGAGAAGGACUGCCAAGGUUACUACAUAGACUACGAGAAGGACAAGAAAGAGGUGAAGAGAAGAGACUGGAAGAGACACGAGUUUCACUACGACAACGUCAUCUGGGCUCUCCUCACUCUCUUCACCGUUUCCACCGGAGAGGGAUGGCCUCAGGUUCUGCAGCACUCGGUGGACGUGACGGAGGAGGACAGAGGUCCGAGCCACGGCAACAGGAUGGAGAUGUCCAUCUUCUACGUCAUCUACUUUGUCGUCUUUCCUUUCUUCUUCGUCAACAUCUUUGUGGCCCUCAUCAUCAUCACCUUCCAGGAACAGGGCGAUAAGAUGAUGGAGGAGUGCAGCCUGGAAAAAAACGAGAGGGCGUGUAUAGACUUUGCCAUCGGUGCCAAGCCCCUGACCCGCUACAUGCCCCAGAACCGGCACACGUUCCAGUACCGUCUGUGGCACUUUGUGGUGUCGCCCUCUUUUGAGUACACCGUUCUGGCCAUGAUCGCCCUCAACACCAUCGUGCUGAUGAUGAAGUACUACUCUGCCCCGCCGGCGUACGAGGCCGUACUCAAGCACCUGAACACGGCUUUCACCGUUCUCUUCUCCGUCGAGUGCGUCCUCAAGAUCAUGGCCUUCGGCUUUCUGAACUACUUUCGGGACACGUGGAACAUUUUCGACUUCAUCACCGUGUUGGGCAGCAUCACAGAGAUUGUGGUUGACUUGCAGUUUGUCGAUACGUUCAACAUGAGUUUCCUGAAGCUGUUCAGAGCAGCGCGCCUGAUCAAGCUGCUCCGACAAGGUUACACCAUCCGCAUUCUUCUGUGGACCUUCGUCCAGUCCUUCAAGGCGUUGCCCUACGUCUGCCUGCUCAUCGCCAUGCUCUUCUUCAUCUACGCCAUCAUCGGCAUGCAGGUGUUUGGGAACAUCAAGCUGAACGAGGAGACUCACAUCACGCAGCACAACAACUUCAAGACCUUCUCUGGUGCUCUGAUGCUGCUGUUCAGGAGCGCCACGGGGGAGUCGUGGCAGGAGAUCAUGUUGUCUUGUCUCGGGGGACAAAAGUGCGAGAGGGACCCCGCUGUUUUUCAGACGUCGGACCAAGAGGGGGGAUGUGGCUCCGAUUUUGCUUAUUUCUACUUUGUCUCGUUCAUCUUCUUCAGUUCCUUCCUGAUGCUGAACCUGUUUGUGGCCGUGAUCAUGGAUAACUUUGAGUACCUGACGAGAGACUCGUCCAUCUUGGGUCCUCACCACCUGGACGAGUUCGUCCGGAUCUGGGGGGAGUAUGACCGCGCCGCCUGUGGUCGUAUCCAUUACACUGACAUGUAUGAGAUGUUGACCAACAUGUCGCCACCUCUAGGCCUGGGCAAGAAAUGCCCCUCCAAGUUGGCGUAUAAGAGACUAGUCCUGAUGAACAUGCCCGUGGACGAUGACAUGUCCGUCCACUUCACCUCCACCCUCAUGGCCCUCAUCCGCACCGCCCUGGAGAUCAAGAUCGCCAGAGGAGGGGAGGAUAGAAAUCAUAUGGACCUGGACCUGCAGAAGGAGAUCGGCGUCAUCUGGCCUCAUCUCUCUCAGAAGACGUUGGAUCUGCUGGUUCCCAUUCACAAAGCCAGUGACAUGACCAUCGGGAAGAUCUAUGCCGCCAUGAUGAUCAUGGACUACUACAAGCAGAGCAAAGCCAAGAAGCUCCGACAGCAACUGGAGGAACAGAAACACGCUCCUAUGUUCCAGCGUAUGGAUGCCUCCUCGCUGCCUCAAGAAAUCCUAUGCAAUGCCAAAUCCCUUUCAUUCCUCAGGCACAGCGCCGGAUCUGCUCUAGGAGGUUUUGGGGCACUCAGCCCAAUCUCCCCGCAAGAGAUGUUCCUGCAGCCGCUGUCCCGCUCCAUGGAGGAGAAGGACGAAGAGGACGACGACGACUAUCGCUCACCUUACCUCCAAUACCACCACCUGCAUCCCCGCCAUCAUUUACACACGCUGGUACCAGAAGUUGCAGAGUAUAACCAAGUUAUGCAGCAGGCCAGGCGGGACGCAGCAGUCAUUAAAUUCCCUCAGCGGACGGCGUCUAUCAGAGCGUCCUCCAUGCCCAGGCUGGCUGUUGAUCCACCGCUUGGGAUGUGCGCAGACAGUAAGCCGAUGCAGCGUUCCUUCUCUACCAUUGGAGACCAGUGUGUGAACGGCCUCUGGCAAGAGCAACACUCUCUGGAGAGAAUCAGUCCUGACGGCACAUACAGGCCUCGCCAAAGGAGCUACAGAGGUCCUCGAAUAAACCACAAAGAAACCAGCAGUCAUGAAAGAGGGCGGUCUAAAGAACGGCGCCACCUGCUGUCUCCUGAUGUGUCCCGCUGCAACUCCGAGGAGCGCAGCCGCGACCCGUCACGCGAAGGCAGGACGUCCCGCUCACCGAGCGAGGGGCGCAACCACACCCUGCAGAGGCAGACAUUGGUGAACACAUCCGGCAGCCCGGCCCAUUCGGCCCCGGAGUCCGGUACUCCCCGUAACCGCCGCCAGCUGCCUCAGACGCCGUCCCGCCCGCGGCCUUACAUCUCCUACGCCCCCCUGGUCUGCCAAGCUCACGUCUCCGCCGCGCCCGCCGCCCCCUCCGAGGACCGGACCCAGCCCCAGGACGGCCCCGGCGGCUCCAGGGCGACCGCGUGGAGGGCCGGCACGGAUGGCGGCCCCCCGGCGGCGGCGGCCCCGGGGUCAUCCGAGGGUCAGGCUCCAGGGCCGAGCCACCCGUCCCCUCACCGCUACAUCUCCGAGCCCUACCUAGCGUUCCGCGGGGACGCCGGCGGCGGAGUGGCGCCCGACGGGCAGGACACCCUCACUUUUGAGACCGCCGUGGCGACCAGCCUGGGGCGGGCCAACGCCAUAAGCUCCGCCCCCCAGCUCAGGCACUCCUGGCAGCUCCCCAACGGCCUCUACCGGAAGAACCUGGGCCAGGCGGGUCCAGCGGGAGCCGGCGAGCUGCCAAGUGACACGGAUGAGGACGACCGCUGCUGAGAGCCGGCGGCAGCGGGGGUGAAGCUCAGCGCACGAGGCUCUUGCUCCCGUGUGCCCGUGAGAACUCGUAUUCUCAGAACCAGUAGCACAGCAGGCAGGACUGAGCUCCACUGCUAUUAAUCCAGACACCUGGGUGUCUGUCUGCAAUGUGGUGUCAUGUUGGAUUGUGUGCGUGUGUGUGUGUGUGUGUGUGUGUGAGUGUGUGUGUGUUUGUUGUAGCUGGAGGGAGGCUAUGUGUGUGGACACAAGAGUGUGUUUGUGCGUGUGUGCCGUCAGUAGAGAAAUGUUGCCAAAUUUAGGAGAACAGCAGAGACUGACUGUAUGAGUAGAUCGCAGCAGCAAAGCCAAGCGUCGCAAAGCCUUCCCUCGAAAGUUAGUGUUUAAAAUGUUUUGGGUUUUUUUCAACAAAAUACUUUGGGUUAUCAAUCCAAGACGUUCACACCUCUCUUUGAAUCCAAGAUGUUUGUGUAGGCAAGCAUAGGGGUAGCAUGUAAAAAGAUGUAAAACAAUGAAUGUAUUUGAGCUUUUGUUUCUUAUUUUCAGGUCAUUUGAGAGGGUUGCUGUUAGUCUCGAUUGUGCCUAGUUGUAAGAGUAGCAAUCUACGGAUUUUUUGCCAAUUAAGACUUCAACAUAGUUCCUGUUUACAACAGACAGUAUUCUCCAGGUCCAAGGGCACUAAUCAACAGAAAGGCAAUGCAGGGAAUCACGUUGCAGGGAAGCCAAACUUCUAGUAAAGGUUGUUUUUCCGUCCCUGUGUGAAAACGAUGAUGGUGUUCCUUUAACCGGAGCAGCACAGUGUACGUUUACGUGGACUCUGUGGUGUGAAAAUGACUCCGAUCCACAGACACAAUAUGAGAUGUUUGGUCUCAAGAUACUGCCCUUACUGAAUUUGUAAAAUAUCACCUUCUGACAUUUUUUUAAAUCUUUUGGACCAAAAGUGAAGAUGUUUAAAGAUCAGAAGGACUCAAAGUGAAAGUCAUAAAAACAAGAUGAUGGGACUGGCAGUGUUGUGAAUCUACUGAAUGGACUGUAACAACUUUAGCCUGAGGUGCAACCAUCUGCAGGACAGACAGCCUGCAUGAAGGCAAAUGGAUGUUCCUCCUUCACCUUUCUGUGCGGGACGACACCCGUCCACGUCGUGUCAGAGAGGCGACUGCAGCCAUUUUCUUCCGGUACAAAAGAGUCGGGGGCGUGUCUUCUUCGGGAUGUGUUGCCUUCCUCCACGUGAGGACAAAACGUUGAUAUCCUUUUAACAUGUGAUGCAACAUGGAUGCUAAUACACAAAAGGAACAACGGGCAGAGUAUGGUUUGUCUUUAAGUUAACUGCCACGUUGUUUCAGUCUCAUUGUGUAUGCAUUGAUCAGUAGAAUCAAGCAAUCAUGGUAUUUCCCGUGCUCUAGAGUUCUCGUGAUUUUUAUGCAUGAUCAUGGUGAGAGAGAUAUUUGUUUAAGGCCCGCCGGAUUGUUCUAAUUUUGUAUGUAUCCAUGAUUUUAAAUGUGAUUUAAAACCACCUCACCAACAGAGUAAUGACCAAACAGCAGGCAGAUCAAUUCCUCUUUCAGUCCCUGCCUCCACUGUUGUGAUCUUUGGGCAUUCCAUCUUUUCAUCAUCUGCUGUUCCCCUUAAAUAAUAUGUGUAUUUAUAUCACCCGCUGUUGUGUUGUUGUAAUAUGUUUGACGUGUUCCUGAAAUGUGAACACAGGACUUAUCAGAAGUGAGGGUGCAGAAGCCAGACAUCGUCACGCUCCCUUGCUGGAGUCCCAAUAAGGAAGUUCUGGACUGAAAAAAUA